AUGGCAACCAAUCAUUUCAAAUCGCCACUUAGGGAAAGCAAUGCUCAAGAUUCUGACAAUAAUGUCAAGCUUAUACCUGAGAAAUCCCCUUCUUUCAAACCAUUGCCGCCACUCACCAUCACCAAGAAAUCCAGAACCCCUACCAACAAAAUGGUACUUAGUCCCACUGACGAUGGGGAUUUCCAGCAUUCGAUAAAUUCCACUCCUUUGGCUCACAAAGAGAAUGUGAUCCCAGUGAAACUGUCAGUCCAAAGUCAUCAUCAUCAUCAUCAUCAUCAUCAUCAUCAUCAAGGGGGGUUGCAUAAUUCUUCGAUUACGUUGACGCCGAAAUCAAAAACCGUCGAAUCAUCACUUAACCUUCCAACUCCCCAUCGGAAGCUUUCUUUGUCAUUAUUACACGAGAGCCCCAUCCCUGACCUUACUCCCCCACCUCCAUCAAUGAAUUCAAAGAUCUAUGAGUCGAUUAAUACCCCCAGCUCUAUCAAUUCCAAACGGUCGGUUUCUUCUCCGAUAAAUAUGGCAAGAUCUCCUAAUACCACCCCAUCAAAGUACCCUCCAAGUAUGUCUAGACCCAACAGUUUGGGGAUCAGGAAAGUGUCGACCCCGAUUUCCAAAAGACGAGUAAGUGGGAAAAUGGGGACUGGAGGGGGAUCAUCAUCCAGCAAACAAUUCAAAUCCCCGUUAAAAAUGGUUUCGUCGACUGAUGAUGGUGGUGGUGGUGGUGGUGGCUUGUCACCUUUCAAUAUUUCACAAAAGAAUUCCAAAAGCUUCACUUUGGGGUUGAAAUCGUUGAGCAAGAAUAACGAAACUUUUGAUAAAGUCUACAAUUUCUCGAAAAAUUUGGAUGAUGAGAUAGAAAUGUUGAAAAAACAGAAUUCUACCUUGACCAGUUACAAGAAUUUGAAACUAAACGAUCCGAAAACUGCAGAGCAAGAUUUUUUCCUCGUGAACAAGUGGCAAGAGAUUACUGAGAAAGUUUCCCAAGUAUUGUUAGAAUUAUACCAUGAAAAGAUCUUGGGCAAGCAUGGAUCGUUUAGACAAUACAAACUUUCAAAAUAUGAGCAGUUUAGAAAAUCCUUGAAAUGGCAGCUAUUAAACGCAAUCGACGAGAAAUUUGACGAGAUAAAAUCCAGUGAAGAAUUCGAAAAAUUGAGCGAUUAUGAGAAGAAUAACAUGGAGAAAGAUUACAACUAUUCGAAGAAAUCUACCCUUGAUGAUUUCAAUCGACAAUGUGAUGCGAAAUUUAGAGCAAUGUUCAAAGACGAUAUCAUGAUCUCACGGUCGAGAUCACAAGAUGCUACUGGUGAAAGUCUGUCGUAUCAAAAUAACAGUAAUACUCUGAAAUUUUCACAAUAUGCAAAUAACGAAAAUGACGUUCUUGAUGAGUAUACCAUGAAGGACUUAUACAAAGAUUUGAAUUUGGAUUUCGGAAUGGUGUUUGGCAAACCAAAACAACUGUGA